UAAAAGCCCCCGCGUGCUCACGCUUUGACCAAUAAGCACGAAGAGCCCUUUAACCCGGAAGUGAACCCGGGCACCAAUGACAAUUUGACCAUUUCAAGUCUGAACCCUAGCCGCGUGUAGCAGGUGAUCUGGGACUGAGAGCCCUGGAGCUGGGAAGCAGGAUGAAGCAGGAGGCGGCGCACAGCGCCAGCUACACAGUGCCGUGCGAGGACUACGUGAACGUGGUGGAGUUCAGCCCCUUCCAGAGCGGCGUGGCUGGCAACCUACUGGCUUAUGGGGGGAACCAGCACGUGGUGGUGGGUGCCUGCCGCUUCCAGGAGGAAGACGCGGAAGUGGAGGGGGUAGAGUUCACCACACUGCGCGUUUUUCAUCAUGGGGUGCCAGUGGAUGGUCUCGCCUGGAGCCCCGAAUCCCGAUUGGACCAUUUGCCCCAGCUGAUCAGAUUUUGCACAGCAGCGGUGGACUGGAAGCUCAGGCUGUUGACGUCAGACCUUCAAGACAGACAUGAAAUGCAGGUGAUGGAAGGUCACACCGACUACAUUAACGACCUGGUGUUCGAGCCCUCGGAGGGGAAGCAGCUCGCCUCUGUCAGCGAUGAUCUCACCUGCAGGCUCUGGGAUCUGGAAGGAAACCAGACGGCCUCAUUCCUCCUGCGCUCCCCAGGGAUGAGUGUGUGCUGGCACCCAGAGGAGGUCUACAAGUUGAUGGUGGCAGAGAAGUGCGGGGUGGUGCGCUUCUACGACCUGCUUACCCAGCAGGCCAUUCUCUCCCUGGACAGUGGGCAGACUCCUCUCAUGUCUGCUGACUGGUGCCUCACCAACACUAUCAAGGUGGGAGCUGUGGUCGGUAACGACUGGGUCAUCUGGGACAUCACCCGCUCCAGUUACCCCCAGGAGAAGAGGCCGGCCCAUGUUGACAAGGCCCGACUCUUCAGGUGGUCCAAGGCCAAUGAGAAUCUAUUUGCCACCACAGGAUGCCCUGGAAAGAUCAACAGCCAACUGCUGGUGCAUCACUUGGGUCACCCACAGCCUGUCAUGAUUGGCUCCUCAGUGGUUGGGGCGGGGCUAAGUUGGCACAGAACCCUCCCACUCUGCGUGAUUGGGGGAGACAGGAAGCUGUCCUUUUGGCUGACGGAAAUGUAGAGUAACCUGCUGUAUAAUGUCUUUGUUCAUAGAAAAAAAAAAUCAAUAAAGUAUUAUUUUGUAUGUACCACA